AAUACAGGAUAGAUUUUUACAUGAUGGAUCUUGUACAAGGAAUGUAUAUGAUGCUCUAUAUCAGCCAAGUGCAAAUUCCUUCCUCAAUCAAAGAAAUGAAUUUAUUUGUUAAUGAGUUAGAAACUCUUUUAAAAGUGCGGGAAAUUUUUUGUAACUCAUUUGAUGCUUUAUAUAGUAAACUCUCCACCACUACCAAAAGCAAUUUUCAAACGCAGUACCCUUGGUACUCCAAAGUUUAA